GCCUGAAUCCUCAUUUCAGGAGGGUUACCCAUCGUUUCAAAUUCCCGGCGAGCACGAGACACUGAGCCCGAGAGAGAGAGAUCGACAAUGUCGGGUUUCUCAUUCGGCCAAUCCAGCUCCGGCGGCGGAUUCUCGUUCGGAUCCUCCUCCUCCGCCGGAACUUCUUCGGCUUCAUCCACUCAGUCGUUCUCCUUCAACACAUCUUCAAACCCUAGCUCCGCCGCGUCCUCUGGUCUUAGCUUCGGGUCCUCUUUCUCGUCCUCCGCUUCUCCCUUCUCAUCUGGGUUUGGCUUCUCCGCAUCUUCCUCCGGCACUGCUCCGUCACUGUUUGGAUCUUCCUCUUCCGCCGCCGCCGCCGCCACCCCCACCCCCGGUUCUUCUCCAUUUGGAGCAUCUUCUCCAACUUUUGGAUUCGGUGCUUCAACACCCUCUCAGUCUGGUAUUUCCUCUUUUGCGACUGGAUCUGCUCCAUCUCCGUUUGGUGCUUCCUCUUUAGCCGCCGGCUCAGCACCAUCCCCCUUUGGUACGUCUUCGUCAGCCGCUGGUUCGACACCUUCCCCCUUCGGUACGUCCUUAUCAGCCGUGGGUUCGUCCCCCUCUCUCUUUGGUGCAUCCCCCGCCGCUGCUAGUUCAACACCAUCUCUCUUUGGCGCGUCCUCUUCAGCGGCCGGUUCGACUUCGCCCCUAUUUAGCGCGCCCUCCUCAGCCGCUGGCUCGAAACCAUCCCUCUUUAGCGCGUCCUCGUCAAUCGGAUCGACACCGUCCCUCUUCGGCGCGUCGUUUUCGGCCACUGGAUCGACACCAUCCCUUUUCGGCGCCUCCUCAUCGGCCGCUGGUUCGAGUCCGUCCAUUUUUGGUGCGUCAUCCUCAGCCGCCAGUUCGACACCCUCCAUAUUUGGGGCGCCCAUUUCAUCCGCCAGUUCGUCGGGGGCGUCCUCGUCAGCCACCGGUUCGUUGCCUUCCAUCUUCGGGGCGUCCUCAUCAGGAAUCGCUUCGUCGUCGUCCCUCUUCGGUGCGUCCUCGUCGGCCACGCCCGGUUCUGCCCCAUCCCUAUUUGGAGCAUCUUCCGCAGCCUCAGCCGCAACCACCGCUGCGACCUCCACUCCCUUGUUUGGCUCAGCAUCUGCAGGAUUUUCUUUUCCGAAAAGCUCUAUGGCAGCUACCACUGCUUCUGCUCCUUCGCAGACGUCUUCAUCGUCUUCCCCGACUUCUUCCUUCUCAUUUGGCACACCCCCGACUUCAGGUUCUCAACCUUCUCUGGGAUUUAAUGUCGCAGCUGCAUUUUCAGCACCGGCAUCGAGCACACCAGCGGCAGUGUUUUCUACUGCGACCACUACCACCACUUCAUCCACUCCGGCUGCCACAAGCACACCCACUUUGUCAGCCGCUGCUUCUGUCCCGGCAUUUCCUUCUCUUGCUGUGGCUUCAUCUGCCGCCAGUACUCCCGCCAGUUCCGCUGCUACAUCAUCUACCACUGGACUAUUCACUGGUUUUGCAAGCUCGUCGGCUGCUGCCUCUGGGACUACUAGCUCUUUUACUGGGUUUUCCGUAUCCAAGGCAUCAACGCCUGCCUCAUCUUCACAAGCCCAAACUACUAGUGCUGCACCCGCAUUCAGUGUUCCCUCUUUGACUACUACAGCUGUUACUGUUGCCAGUUCUGCUGCUACUACAACUCAGACAUCUCUUGUUGUGUCUUCAACUGCUGGGAUGAGCACAACUGCUGUGGCUCCGGUGGCUGCUACUCCUAAAUUGCCAUCUGAGAUUACUGGAAAGACUGUCGAAGAGAUUAUCAAGGAGUGGAAUACCGAGCUUCAAGAGCGCACUGCUAGAUUCCGGAAGCAGGCCAAUGCAAUAGCAGAGUGGGAUAAGCGAAUCUUGCAGAACCGUGAUGUUCUUUUGAGACUCGAGAUUGAAGUUGCAAAAGUGGUUGAAACACAAGCUAGUCUGGAGCGGCAGCUGGAAUUAAUUGAAACUCAUCAGCAGGAGGUUGACAAGGCUUUGCAAAGCAUGGAGGAAGAGGCUGAGCGCAUUUAUAAUGAUGAGAGGAGAUUGCUUCUGGAUGACGAAGCCGCAUCAACACGAGAUGCUAUGUAUGAGCAGUCUGAAUCAAUAGAAAGAGAGUUGGAGCACAUGACGGAACAAAUCAGAUCGAUUAUCCAAGUCGUAAAUGCUAACCAGGGUGGGGAACUCGAGGCGAUUGAUGGAAUGACGCCGCUCGAUGUGGUUGUCAGAAUCCUGAACAAUCAACUCAGUUCGUUAAUGUGGAUCGAUGAGAAGGCAGAGGAAUUCUCGUCGCGGAUCCAAAAACUGGCUUCCCAGGGUUCUGCUUCAGACAUGAUGGUUCCGAGACACUGGAUGUCCUGAUACUCAUAGCCCCUGUCUUGUGUUUUUUACUGCUCCGUCUUGUAGUAAAUCUCAAGCAAAAGGUUUAAAAAGAGAAAAGGGAUCUGAUCUAUACAUUAAUAUUUUCGUAUAUUUGUAUUUUUUGACAUCAGAUUUUAGGUUUUCCCCCUUUUCUUGGGUCAGCACAUGAAGGACGUGGGUUUAUGUUA